AUGAAUCGAGCUGAGCUCGAGAGGAUGAUGAUGAUCAAGAAAUUAGCUCCAGCUUUGGAUGGAUGGGUGGGAUUAAGCUUCUCGCGUGAAUUGAAUGGAUUAGCGGCCUCCAGCGUUACAAUGCGAGCACAGUCCACUGGAAUCCCGAACCCGAACGGAUGCACCGAAACGUCAUCCUCAACGAGAGCCCGUCGAGUCGUGCAGCUAACGGCGCUAUGCCUUCCCCAGCAGAGGUCAUGCAAAGAUACCUCCAACUUCCGAGGCAGCCACAAGUCCAGCAGCAACAACAGCAGCAACAGGCCUCCUCGUAACCGUUUGAAUAGCAGAACUUCCAAACUUGGCCGCCUUCAAGGACAUGCACGUGGAAAAGCUCCAGAUUUGGAGCUCCCACUGAUGGCAUGCAGCCCACGGAGGGAGGAGGAGAAUGCCUGA